AUGGCUGAAAGCCCAGCCUCUGUUCAGUCUCGUUCGCCUCCUGGUGGUGGUUCAGCAAAGAAAGGAAAAGGUAAAGGUAAAGGAACACCAAAAGCGAAAGGAAGUCCAAAAGGAUCACCCAAAGGGAAACAAAAAUCUGCCAGUGAACACAACAUAAAAGGGAAGGGUUCUGAGGCAGGAAGAAGGAAACUUUCAGCUAAAAAAGAUGAGGAACCUGAUCUAUCUAUGGCAAGCAUGGGCCACCCAGAAAUCUUUCCAUUGGUCCUAACAGAAAAAACACAGGAAAUUUUUAAUUGCCGUGUUGAUGUAGAUGUGUCAGCUGAAAAUCCUCACAAACUUGUGAAAAAAGAGGACAUCAUUAAUGAUAUGAAGACAAGAGCUGCAAUUUCUGACUUCCACCCCAUCAAAAAAAUUGUCUUAGAUUAUCCAGGGGAAGAACUUCUGUUAGUCUUUGACAGAGAAUUAAAAUAUGGGCAAAUCUUUUAUAUUAUUGCAACCGAAGAGGCCAAGGAAAGCAUUUUAAAUCCUCCAGAGCCAGAAGAAGAAGAAGGAGAGGUUAAAGAAUGGGUCCAAGAAGAAUAUGUUUAUAAGCCUCCUGUCCGCAAACCUUGGGUCUCACUUGGAAGUGAAAAGGAAAUUGAAGAAGAAUCACUUAUAGAAUCAACAAGGAAGAUUAAAUAUAUGAUUUCUCGCCCACACAAAGAAUUUGGGAUUCGGAUUAAAUUGCACAAACGGAAUGCUUCAACUGAUAAACAUGGCUAUGUUGAGUGUACAUCUUAUCAAGAUAAGAACUUCACCAUUCGACAGCUUGAGAAACAUACUGGUACACAGGUAGUUCCUAACGAAAAAGAGACAGGAACUCAGACAAAAUGGACCUACCCCAAAAAUGCAACAACACAGUAUUAUCCUAGAGAAUUUUCAGAAGAAGAAAGGGAGAAAUAUUUGUCAUCAGAAGACCUGAAAAACUUCAUCUUGUCUGUGGCUGUAAGAGUUGAAGUAGCACUCCAGCAAAAUGAAAUAAUGGAUGCCUUCUAUGAUGACUGGAAAGCCCUUGCAGAAGAUGAAAGUGGCUUUGUAGGCAAAUCAGAUGUUUCCCUUAAGGAAUAUCAGUCAUUUACAGACCUGCAUUAUCUCAAGGACAGAACGGUUAGCUGCAUUUGCUGGCACCCAACCAUUUAUGGGAUUGUUGCAGUGGCAGUAACAGAGCGACUUUCUUAUGAGGAACGAAUUCAACAGUCUGGGAAAUUACUCUUGUGGAAAGCACCCAUUCUGUUUUGGAGUUUUGCAGAUCCUAUUCACCCUCAGCUCAUGCUGGAGUGCCCUGAAGAUAUCUACUGCUUUCAGUUUUCUCCAAGUGAUCCCAACAUCAUUGCAGGAGGCUGUAUGAAUGGACAGGUUGUACUGUGGGACAUUUCAGAAUAUGAAGAGAGGUUACAAAAUGCAAAGUCAGGUACAGGUGGAAGCAAGAGCACUACGGUUAAUAUGCCAAGUUUCAUGCUGGAACAACAGAUUGGGAAGGAACCUCACCUGGUGAGAUAUUGCGCAGUUUCAUCCAUAGAAUAUGGCCAUAAAUCAGUAAUAACAGAUAUACACUGGCUGCCAGAAAUGUUUGAGCUCAACAGAAUGGGCACUGUCUUUGAAAACAGAGCUGGGAUUUGUGUACAGCUUGUCACCUGCUCACCAGACUGCACAAUAUAUAUUUGGGAUCUCCGAGCUCACAGGCCUGCACUCCAACCUUCAAAUGAGAAGAAAAAGGAAGAUAAGAUCAUUGCAGCUCCACCUGAUGUGCCAAUUACCUUCAAACAUCUAGACCUUUCAUGGAGGCCUCUCAUUAAGAUAAACCUACCCAAGACAGAUACAGGUGCAGAGUACAGUCCAACAAAAGUUAGCCUCAGAGAAGAGCACUAUCACACCAAAAUUCAAGACAAGACGCAGCCCCAAAUCAAACCAGAGGCACCGACAGAAAAGCUGCCAUAUAGCCAGAUACAGGCCACAUCAAUGAAACCUCUGAAGCUGCUAGAAAAUAUCACUAGCAGCUUUUUUGUUGGGACCGAAGAUGGUGAAGUUCUUUGUUCAGAAUGGAAGAUGGAAAGAGAUGGUGACUCAGGAAGACUGCUUAGCCAGAAGCCAUCCAACAUUCACACCAUCCAUGAUGGACUUGUCCACACCGUUCAGCGGUCUCCAUUUUUCAAAGACAUCAUUCUCACAGUUGGAGGCUGGAAUUUUGCAAUAUGGAAAGAAGGUGUUAUGAAUGGACCGCUCCUUGAGUCAAGCUGUGCAGCAAAGAGAUAUACUGUUGGACACUGGUCCUUAUCAAGACCAGGUGUUUUCUUUAUUGGAAGAGAAGAUGGAAAUAUUGACAUUUGGGACCUAUUGGAAAAAACACAUGAACCGUCACAGACCCAAAAUGUCUGUAUUGCACUGAUUACUUGCAUCAAACCCUGGAUCUACUCUUCAAAACAACACUUCUUAGCAGUAUCUGAUGACUUUGGUACACUACAUAUUUUAGAAAUUUCAUGGACAUUAAGUCACCCUUCCAGCAAUGAGCGUUCCAGUGUUCUUCAUUACUUUGAGCGAGAAGUCAAACAUCUGGAGUUCUUUGAGCAGCGGAAAGAAUUCAGAGCUCAAGAAAAAAUGACACUGGAGCAUGAACUGAUGAUGAUGAAAACGAAAGCAGUUGGUGGUCAGCGAUCAAGAGAAUUAAUGGAAGAACAGACCCAACAAGAUUAUGUAGAUUUUUUGGAACUAGAGAAGACCAUUCUGCUUCGACUUGGACUAUUGAAGGGACCUGAUAGAUUUAACACCUCAUGA